UUUCCAAGCACUAAAAAAGAGGAAAACCGAGUCCCCACAGUCAUCCAUCUUCUUCUUCGUCUCUAUCUAGAGAGAGAGAGAGAGAGAGAGAGUUAAGAGAGACUCAGCAGCUCAGCACAGAUAGCACACACAGCGAAAGAGAUAGAACAUAUGUGAAAAAUGAUGAAAGCAUGCUUUGUCGGCCAUUAAAGCUUCAACCCAAGAGCUCUGGUCCCUUCUCCUCUCACACCCAUCAUUCCAUUCACGACAGUCAGUACCCCCAUAAGCUCCAACUUAACUCCAGCACUUGCCUUUCCCCCCCUUUCUCUCUUCUGGAAUAAAAUAUUCCAAGAAAGAUCUUUCUUUGAAUCUACUGAGUUUCUUGCUGCAAAAAGGCGCAAUAAAGGUGUGGGCUUUGAGAUAUUUCUGCGCAAAUCUUGGCCUCUAGACCGGAGAUCCCCACCAUUUGUCGGAAAAGGCGAACUGGGUUUGUCUCACCUUUUUCUUCUGGUUCAUAAUUCCCAUGGUUUUCAGUUUGUCACUUGAGGAAGUUACUGCCCCCCCACUGCUGCUGGACUUGCUGCUUACAUUGCCACUUCUUUUUUCUAUGAGCGUUCUUAGACAUUGAGAGUGUUACUAAAAUGUCGAAAGCAUUUGAGGUGAGGAGGGCUUUGGAACUGCAGUUUGCGAGAAUUUUACUUGCCUUAGCUCUGCUUGCUUCUAUUUCAGAGGGGUUGAAUAAUGAAGGGCUCUGCCUUUUAGAGCUGAAGAAAAGUAUGCAGGAUGGAUUUGAUUUUUUGGGAAAUUGGAAGUCCUCUGAUCAAACACCUUGCGGAUGGAUGGGUGUAAAUUGCUCUUCCGGUUAUGAUCCAGUGGUCAAGGGUCUUGAUUUGAGUUCUCUGAAUCUUUCAGGAGUCCUCAGUCCUAGCAUUGGUGGUUUGGUCCACCUAACUUCUCUUGAUCUUUCAGACAAUGGUUUCGUGGGAGGUAUUCCUAAGGAGAUAGGAAACUGUUGGAGUUUGGAAAGAAUUUAUCUGAACAAUAACAAGUUCACUGGCCAAAUACCUUUGGAAGUGGGUAAGCUGUUAAAUUUAACAGUUUUGAAUCUCUGUAAUAACAGAAUCAGUGGUCCGAUUCCAGAUGAGAUUGGGAACUUGUCUUCACUGGCCGAGUUCGUGGUAUACACCAACAAUAUUACUGGUUCAAUACCUCAUUCCUUUGGGAAUCUCAAGAAUCUGGUAACGUUUAGAGCUGGGCAGAAUGAUAUUUCUGGUAGCCUACCGGCCGAAAUAGGUAGAUGUGAGAGCUUGCAAUUGCUUGGUCUGGCCCAAAAUUCUAUAGGAGGGGAAUUGCCUAAGGAGUUUGGGAUGCUUCAGAGCUUGACAGAUGUGGUUCUGUGGGGUAACCAGGUAUCAGGAUUUAUACCCAAGGAGCUUGGAAAUUGCUCUAGCCUUGAGACUAUUGCUCUGUAUCAGAACAAUCUUGUGGGGCCUUUACCGCCAGAAAUUGGGAACCUCAAGUCAUUGAGGAAAUUGUACAUUUACAGGAAUGGCUUGAAUGGAACCAUUCCAAGGGAAUUUGGAAAUCUUUCUUUGGCAUCUGAGAUUGAUUUCUCGGAGAACUAUUUGACAGGUGAGAUCCCAUCGGAGAUAAGCAAGAUAAAAGGUCUAACCUUACUGUACCUGUUCCAGAACCAGCUUACGGGUGUGAUUCCAAAUGAACUGAGUGGCUUGGGGAACCUGACAAAGCUUGACCUUUCCAUUAAUAAUCUCAAAGGUCCUAUCCCCGAUGGGUUUCAAUAUUUGACUCAAAUGUACCAGUUACAACUGUUCGACAAUUCUCUAAGCGGUAGCAUACCACGGGGGCUUGGACUUCACAGCCGACUGUGGGUAGUUGAUUUAUCCGAUAACUUACUGACAGGAAGAAUACCUCCAUAUAUUUGUCGAUAUUCCAAUCUAAUUUUGUUGAACCUGGAGUCUAAUGAUCUGAUUGGAAAUAUUCCAGCUGGUGUCUUGAACUGCAAGUCAUUGGUGCAACUUCGUCUUGUUGGAAACAUGCUUACUGGGAGCUUUCCUUCGCAACUAUGCAGUUUGCCAAACCUUUCUGCAAUUGAGUUGGAUCAGAACAAAUUCACUGGUCCAAUUCCUCCAGAGAUUAGGAACUGCCAAAAGUUGCAAAGGCUUCAUAUUUCAGACAACUACUUUACGUCUGAGUUGCCAAAGGAAAUAGGAUAUCUGUCUCAACUGGUGACUUUCAACACAUCAUCCAAUUUGCUCACCGGGCGGAUUCCACCAGAAAUCGUUAACUGCAAGAUGCUUCAACGACUUGAUCUCAGUCGAAAUAGGUUCAUGGGUACUUUGCCAAAUGAGCUGGGAACACUUCUGCAACUAGAGCUUCUCAGGCUCUCAGAAAAUAAUUUCACGGGAAACAUACCAGCAGAAUUAGGAAACCUCUCCCAUUUGACUGAGUUGCAGAUGGGUGCCAACUUGUUUUCUGGUGAAAUACCACCAGAAUUGGGUUCUAUUUCAAGCUUGCAGAUUGCAAUGAAUCUGAGCUUUAAUAAUUUCAGUGGGAGAAUACCGCCAGCUCUUGGACAUCUUAAUAUGCUUGAAUUCCUCUUGCUCAAUAACAACCAUUUAACUGGUGAAAUUCCCAGCACAUUUGAGAGUCUGUCAAGCUUACUAGGGUGCAACUUCUCAAACAAUGACCUUACUGGACCUUUACCUUCCAUCCCAUUGUUUCAGAACAUGGAGAUUAGCAGCUUCAUCGGUAACAAAGGACUCUGUGGCAGACCGCUUGGUGGUUGCAAUGUUAAUUCAUCUCCUCAAUCUGUUCCAUCUCUGGCAAGUGGGGGUACUCAACGCAGUAAAAUUGUUACAGUAAUUGCUGCUGCUGUGGGUGGCGUUUCUCUUAUUCUAAUUGCUGUUAUCUUAUAUUUCAUGAGACAUCCAGGCCAGAGAGUUCCUUCCUUGCAAGAUAAGGAUGCUCUAUCUCCUGAUACAGAUAUGUACUUACCUCCAAAGGAGGGAUUUACGUUCCAAGAUCUAGUUGAGGCGACAAAUAACUUUCAUGAAAGCAAUGUUAUUGGAAGGGGAGCUUGUGGAAUUGUGUAUAAGGCAGUAAUGCGAACUGGACAGACUAUUGCUGUUAAGAAAUUGUCAUCUAACCGAGAGAGCAAUAACAUUGAAAACAGUUUUCAGGCCGAGAUUAAGACCUUAGGAAAUAUAAGGCAUCGGAAUAUUGUGAAGCUAUAUGGAUUCUGCUAUCACCAGGGUUCCAAUCUACUUCUUUACGAGUACAUGGCAAAGGGUAGCUUGGGUGAAUUGCUUCAUGGUGACUCUUGUAGCUUGGACUGGCCAAUGCGUUUUAUGAUUGCUUUGGGAGCUGCUGAAGGUCUUGCUUAUUUACAUCAUGACUGCAAACCAAAGAUUGUCCACCGUGAUAUAAAGUCCAACAAUAUUUUGCUAGAUGAGAACUUUGAAGCCCAUGUUGGUGAUUUUGGUUUGGCCAAAGUGAUUGAUAUGCCUUAUUCAAAAUCAAUGUCAGCAGUUGCAGGGUCGUAUGGAUAUAUUGCUCCUGAGUACGCAUACACCAUGAAGGUUACAGAAAAAUGCGACAUCUAUAGCUAUGGGGUUGUUCUGUUGGAGUUGCUAACUGGAAGAACUCCUGUCCAAUCACUAGAUCAAGGAGGCGACUUGGUCACCUGGGUGAGACACUAUGUUCAAGACCAUUCAUUGACAUCUGGGAUACUCGAUAGUCGGCUAAAUCUUCAAGAUGGACUUCUUGUUGAUCACAUGCUUAAUGUCUUAAAAAUUGCUUUGAUAUGCACAAGUAUGUCCCCUUUUGACCGUCCAUCGAUCCGAGAAGUUGUCUUGAUGCUUAUUGAGUCGAAUGAGCAAGAUGGGGACUUUCCUCCGUCUCCAACUUUCAAUCUUCAUUUGAAAGAUGCAACGGAUCCUCCUUUGAAAGAUGAUAGUCGGUGAAAGUAUACGACACAGCCGUAGAUUGUAGUAACUCCGAUGAUUUUUUCGGGCUCUGAUUCAUCCUCAUAUUAUUUGCAACAAGGAAAUGGUAAUAUCUUGUACAUCUUCUUUUUCACUAGAAAGAUGAUUACCGGAAUUUACUUGUUUUUGAAACUCUUAUGAGGGUAGGCUGAAGUUCCAACUUCCGCAGUCUAUACAUUAUAGUGAAAAUCAGUGUACAGUUAGCAGUAUGAUCAUAUGUGCUUCUGAAUCAUAAUCCAUUGGAUUGAAUAAUUGUGUCACUCAUGGAUUAUUUUGUUUUCUACUUUCCAGUAGUUUUGGUGAAUAAUUAAAUGUGAAAUAAGAAUGCCAAGUUUGUUUCUUGGUCUCAA